GCCAAGCCUCUGUACCUGAUGCCCAACAUGGAGAUGUACGAGCUCGAGAGCGAGCACUACUGGCGAGCGGACGUGAUUCUGUGCAAGACGGCGCUUUGCUCGAGGUACCUGCGCAAGUGGUUCCGUCAGGAGGGCAACCCGAGGGGAACGCGCGUGCUCUACACGCGCCACACGACGUCCAACUUGGCGCUGACGCACAAGAGUCAGUUAUCCGCCAGCGAGGUGAGCGCGCGGCCGGAGAAGAACUUCUCGGAAGUGUCGUUCUUGCACACGGCAGGCACGAGCAUCCAGAAGGGCACGCGGCAGGUGCUGGACUGUUGGCUGGGUCGGCCGGAUCUGCCGCCGCUGGAGCUGCACAUGGCUCAAGAUUUAUUCGACGGAGCGUUUGCAGCGAGGUACAUGAAGCGGAUAAACAAGAGCCCGAACGUCCACCUGCACACAGGACGACUGGAGCCCGCAGCCUUUGGACGGCUGAUCACCGACGCGUCCUUCUUCAUGUGCUCGAGUCUGCAGGAGGGCUACGGCCACUACAUCAACCAGGCGCGAUCGUCUCGCGCCUUUAUCUUCACGACGGACGUCGCGCCGAUGAACGAGUUGAUCACGCCGUCGUCCGGCGCGCUGAUCAAAGCUCGCGCGAUCGCGCACGACGGUCAGUUCUUAGGCGGCAAGUCCAAGAAGGAGCACGCACUGCGCGACGUCCCGGGCUUCGUCGCAGACUUCAGCGGCCGUGCAGUGUGUGAUGCUGUGACGAACAUGCUCAAGACCACGACACCGGAAGAGCGCGCCAAGCGCGCCGACAAGGCGCUGCAGCAGUAUUACUUCGACACGGUCUUCUUCGCGCAGAAGAUGCAGGAGCUCCGCGACUUUGCGCGCGCUCACAGCCACCUCGGCCGCUCGCACGGCACUUUGAGGCGGCACGAUGACGAGCCGAAACCCUCGCCACAACCUACGGCUAAGCCGUGAAUUGGCAGACCGAACUGAUAGAUACAGUAGUAGCAGACAAGGUGUCGUGGGCCGUGGCUGAAGGAAGGAAGAAGAGGACACGCAGUUUUGAACAUGUUUUGGGCACCCCGCAAUGAAUAAAGAGGUACUUGCAACGCGUUGUCAACUGAAGCAGCCUUGGUAUCCGAUGGUCAAUGGAGCGGUGCAUCUGUUCGUGCAACUGUCCGGUGUCAUGGUAUCCAUGACCGGUAGCAAUUCGUAUCCAUUGGUUCGAAUGCGACGCCCCAUGCUCCGACGCAUGCGCAGCUCGCUGGGCAGGGCGGCGCGGCCCUCGACUGCUGUGCGUUCCGUUGGCGUUGGCUCUGUACGCGAUCGUGAGCGGGUUAUCGCUGGUGGUGCCGAGUCUCAAGGCGAUCAGCCCGAUCCAGCGCGUGCUACUCGCGGCGGGGAUCGUGACCCCGACGCCCCAAAGCGACGAGGAGGCUCUGCCUGUCUUGUACCCGGACGCAUUGUUCGACACGGACUGGAGCCAACGCAUCGACGAGGAGGAUAUUCUACAUGAAGCAGCUCUGCAUCGCGGGUGUGUCAACCACAGACAGUGUGAUCCCGUGGACGUUUGGUCGAGUGGGGAGCGAAGAGGCUCAAGAACUGGUAGAACGAGACGACCCACAGCUAUUGGAGAAGAUCCGGCAAGUCCCGACGUCGACGUUAUGAUGCCUGCGGGGCUCCGCUCCUUCGGCUACUGUGAAGACGCAGCAGCCUACACCAAGUGUACGCUCAAUGGAUGCAACUUGUGGGGUUUUAAUGUGUGGACUAACGAGGGCGUUGUUGUUGUUGUUGGUUAUGCUCCAGUUUUGCAGUCGAGGAUGUUGCCGCGCUGGGUGUUUGAGGUCAAGUUUGAGGACGAGGCGCGCAACCGAUCGGUCUCCUACCACGACUUGUGUCCGAACACGCCGCUCAUCUUCUUCAACCACUACUGGGAGGGGCUGGUGGACGCCCCGGACUGGCCCGACCAAACCUCUCUAC